AUGGUCUUCCCCGCCGCAGCCUACUCACCACGAGCUGCGUCAGCAUCCAGUGCCAGUAGCUCCGAGUCGAAUGCCAACUCGGCGAACUCAUCAAUCGGCACCAACAUCGCCGUUCCCGUGAGCACCGAGGGAGAGCCAAAGCAGGAGCCUGGGUGUGCACCGCACUUUGAGACACCGCAAAGGAGCUCCGAGGGCGGGUCUUACCCGUUCCUGCAGUACCCCGUCCCCGCGAUGACCCCGUUGUGGGCGGCGCACAUUGGGGUCCUGCGCUGGCUCGACGCGGAAGCUGAGCUCGCUGAGGCCGGGACAGGUGCCAAAGAAGUCAAGGUCCAAGCGGAUGUGUUCUCGUGGGCGGUCGUUAAGUGUGUGCUCGACAUACAUUGGGGCCUGCAACAAGAUAAACGAGAGCUUCGGUGCGAAGACGGCGCUGGAGGUGUCCUUCCAUGGAGGGAAUGGAUUCGCUCGACGGAUACUAUGAUCGACCGUGCCCUGUCUCUCAACACCCAGGCUCAGUCUCGACUGAAAAAUGAUCCCCGAUUGCGAAUGACUGCGCGCUGCGAGCACGAGGCGGGCCGCCUCAGCCGUCAAGCCCUCAACUGGAUUUGGGACCCAUGGGUUGACUCGGCCCACCCGCCACCGACCUAUGAGCUGCAACGCGCCUUCACUUCCGAGCAGUUAGGCCUCUGCAACCCGUAUUGCGAGGAGAACAAGGAACUUGUUUUUCGGCUCGCGGAGGUGGAACCAGAGGAGAGGGGCAAGGCUGAGCAUUGGAUCGCUGCGGCCGGGUGGGCGGCGUGGUGCGAUGAUCCAGACCCGAUCCCCGAAGACCAGGCAAAGCAGAGGGACCCCCCAGUCCUGGAGAAGUACGACUUUAGCUCGUACAGGAAGUAUGUCAGGUGGACGGACGAUCUCGCGGACCGGGCUCGGUGA